UAAAGGCAUGCAUAUGAUUAAGCAGUUGGUAUUUCCUAAUAUGUAUACGCCCUGCUUAAAAGGAAGGUGGAACAUGCUUUCGGUUUCAAAUUGCAAGCCAAGGCUAAGAGAGAAAAGCCAUGGAGGCCGACAAAGUCCUGAAGGAGAAGAGGACUGUUUUUAUCCAAUCCGUGACCCCAGGUAUAAUAAAUGGCUUGUUGGAUGACCUGUUAGAAAAAAGAGUGCUGAACCAAGAGGAGAUGGAGAAAAUAAGAAAGGAAAAUGCCACAUCUAUGGAUAAGGCCCGAGCUUUGAUUGACUCAGUCUAUCGGAAAGGGCCCCGGGCAAGCCAAGUGUGUAUCACUCUCAUUUGUGAAAACGACUCCCACCUUGCAGAGAAGAUGGGGCUCCCCUCAGGUGGGAAAUCAGACAAUGAUCAAAAUGCACACGACUCUCAAGCAAGACUUCUUCCCUUCACAGCUCCCCAGGCAGUGAAAGACAACUCAGCUCAGCUGGUGGUUUCAGGACCAGGAGGGAGCCUCAAGCUCUGCCCGCCAGACAUAGUCCAAAGGAUAUGGAAUGAAAAGUCAGCGGAGAUUUACCCAGUAAUGGGAAAGUCCACUCGGACACGUAUUGCUCUCAUUAUCUGCAACACAGAGUUUGAUAAGCUUCCCAAGAGAGCUGGAGCUGAUGCUGAUAUCAGAGGUAUGAAGAUGCUGCUGGAAGGUCUGGGAUACACUGUGGAUGUUAAAGAAGACCUCACUGCUUUGGACAUGAUUGCAGAGCUGAGGGCCUUCGCUGCCCGCCAGGAGCACAAGAACUCUGACAGCACUUUCCUGGUGUUUAUGUCUCACGGUAUUCGACAAGGCAUUUGUGGGAAGAAACACUCCGAGGAAGUCUCAGAUUUAUUAGAUAUCAACACCAUCUUUCAAAGUUUGAACACUUAUAACUGUCCAAGUUUGAAGGACAAACCCAAAGUGAUCAUUAUCCAGGCCUGCCGUGGUGAGAAUGAAGGCGUGGUGUGGUUAAAAGACUCAGCAAAAGAUUCUGGAAACAGCUUCUCAUUGGCUCCAGAAGAUUUUGAAUAUGAUGCCAUUAAGAAAGCCCAUAUAGAGAAAGAUUUUAUUGCUUUCUGCUCGUCAACGCCAGAUAAUGUUUCUUGGAGACAUCCCAAACGGGGCUCUCUUUUUAUUAUUAAACUUAUCGAAAUUUUGCAAGAACAUGCCUGGUCCUGUGACGUGGAGGAAAUUUUCCGAAAGGUUCGAUUUUCAUUUGAGUCCCCGGAUGGCAGGGCACAGAUGCCCACUACUGAAAGAGUGACUUUGACAAGAUGUUUCUACCUCUUCCCAGGAUAUAAACCAUUCUCUGGGCUUUCAGGAAAUGCCAGAAAGUUUCAUUUUCGAGCUUGUGACUUGCUUCCCAGCAGCAGGAAGGGGCUGAGGCUGGUGGCACCCAUGGCUGAAGAACACAACAAAAAACCACUAAAGGCUUUGGAAUCUAUUGGGAAAGAACUCUUGGAUGGAGCUUUGGAUGUAUUGGUGAAAAAAGAUAUUCUGAAAUUGAAGGAAACUGACAAAAAAAAAUUCAAUGAUGCCAAACAUGGAGACAAGGCCCGGGUUUUGGUGAAGGCUGUGCAGCAGAAAAGCCAUGAAGCAGGUCAAGUUCUUGUCCAAACCUUUCUUAACACAAACAAAAAUGCCAUCAGCAAUGAAGAUCCUACAGGUCCUCCAGAAACGACUGGGCCAGCUGAGUCAGCAGAAACUACAGAUACCCUCAAGCUUUGUCCUCUUGAAGAUUUCCUGAAAGUGUGUAAAGAAAAGGCUAAAGAGAUCUAUCCAAUAAAAGAGAAAACGAGCCGCACUCGCCUGGCUCUCAUCAUAUGCAAUAGAGAGUUUGGUCAUCUUAAGCCCAGGAAGGGGGCCGAACUUGACAUCACAGGGAUGGAAGAGUUGCUUGUGGGCCUCGGCUACAGUGUGACUGUGGAAGAGAACCUCACAGCCAAGGAGAUGGAGUCAGUGCUGGUGACAUUUGCUGCUCGUUCAGAGCACAGUACCUCAGAUAGCACAUUCCUGGUGUUCAUGUCUCAUGGCCUCCUGGAUAGACUCUGUGGGACUGGGCAUAGUGCUGAACACCCAGACGUGCUGCCUUAUGACACCAUCUUUCGGAUAUUCAACAAUCGCAACUGCCCCAGUCUCAAGGACAAGCCUAAGGUCAUCAUUGUCCAGGCCUGCAGAGGUGAAAACCGCGGGGAAACCUGGGUCAGUGACUCUCCAGCAGCCGUGAUGGACAGCUCUUCACAGUCAGCUGAGAGCCUGGAGGACGAUGCUGUUUACAAAGCUCACGUGGAGAAGGACUUCAUUGCUUUCUGCUCCUCAACCCCACAUAACGUGUCCUGGAGAGACCCUAGUACAGGUUCUCUCUUCAUCACAAAGCUAAUCAGAUGCUUCCAACAGUAUUCUUGGCGCCUUCACCUCGAGGAAGUAUUUCGGAAGGUACAACAAUCAUUUGAAAAGCCAGAUGUUAGAGCCCAGAUGCCCACCAUUGAACGAGUAUCCAUGUCAAGACAUUUCUACCUCUUUCCUGGCAAUUGAAAAUAGUAAGGAUUAAAGUUGUUGACAUGGAAUUACAGUCAGUCCUGCCCUUCUUUACCAAAUUCUCGAAGCACCUUUACCAGUAUGGAAUACAUAUUUAAACUUUUGUAUUUAAAUAAAAAAUGAAAACACAUA